AUGGCGAAAUACGUACCAUCUACUGAUGACGGUCAUUACUAUUCGAAUCCAAUUGCCGCUACCCGAUUACUGGGUGAGACGAUCGUCCAAGUGGAAAACGAACCCGGGAAGUUUGACAUUUCGACGCUCCACUUCAGGGCCCAAAAAUACUUGGAACAAGUCAUCGGACCCAGACGUUCCGACGAAGAACCGGAGGCGUACAAGGUUCGAGUGUUUACCGAAUUACUGAAACAGUGCACCGAACACCACAGGGACGGUGUGGCUGAGGUGAUUUAUGAUCACCGGAACGCGCUCGCAACGUACGCAAAGGAAGCCCUGGAAGCGGGCGACCUGGAGACGGCGGGACGGUGGUGUUCAGAUUUGAACGCGAACACGGAUCCCAAAGACCCUACCGGUUGGGUGUUGUACGGUACGUUUUGCGCACGGAAACAACGGUGGGACGAAGGUCUAGAAUGCGCGCGGAAGGCCAUCGCGCUGGACCGUCACAAUCGGAUAGCGUUGUUUUUAAACGCGGCCCUCUUGAUCACCAUCGAUUCGGAACGGUACGAAGAAAUUGAUACCCUCUUGGACCAUCUCGAGUCUAAGUACCCGUGGUUUUCCGAGGCCCACUUCCUUACGGCCGUGCACAGCGCCCAAAUGGAAAUGCCGGACCGUACUAACCGGUUUCUUUCGCUGGCCCGAAGGUACGUCAACGUGCAAUCGGCCAUCGGCUGGGCCGAGACCGCCGUCCUGGACGGAGUUUCAACGACUGUCUGGGACCCGGCCGUCGACCAUGGCGGCGAUCCCGCUCUGAAGUGCGCAAUUUUCAUGAUCAGACUCGGGCUAUCCAGACUGGCUCUUUUGUGUUUGAGGAACUUCGCACGGCACUCCGGCAAUUCCGUCACGUAUCACUAUCUGAUGGCCGUGUCACAUCACAGACUCGAUGAAUUCCAGGCCUGUACCGACCACUUAAACGCCAUGUCCGCGGGCGACGUCGAAAGCAACAGUCGUAUCGGUCGGCAGCAAUAUUUAUUGACAGCUCACAAUGACCACGCGGCUGGACGACCUAGAGAAGCGGAGACCCGUUUCAUCCAACUGUCUACUGAGCGUACACGGUCCCUGUACGGUUUGGUGUAUUCAAGGCUGGCCGAUUACAUGGUCGCUUCCAGAAGAUACGACGAAGCAACUAACGCGUUAUUUCGGGCUUGCACCGUGGUGACCGGUCACGGCACGCCGGUUCUGUUGACCAAGCUGGGCGCGUGUCUUAUCGCGCUGAAAAAAUACCCGGAAGCGGAAAAGGUAUUGACCGAAGCCGUGGCUUUGGACGGGGCCCACAACUGUGAUGCGUGGCACUAUCUGGCCAUAGUCUACGCGAGAUCCAACCGAACCGACAUGGCGAACGCCUGUGGUCAACAAGCAGCCGGGCUGAUAGAGUUUAAGUCCAUGCUCGGACCGGAAUAUGAUUUAUUGGCCCAUAAAUACCACUGA